AUGGUACUACUUCGUAUCAAACCAAAUCAAAUGUUACGUUUAUUAAAUUUAACCGGAAAUUUUACCAGUACUUGGCCGGGAUCUCAGAAAGCAGGACGUUUUGAAAUGAUCUUACGAGAUGUUGGUUGGAUUUUAGGAGUGUUAAAUGCAUUUCUAAUAUUAUUGACUUUAUUUUAUGCCGAUUAUUAUCAUAUAAAUGAAAAGGACGUUGGUACUUUAAUGAAACCUUUAUGCGAAACAGCUACUCUCAUAGACGUUAUACUUGCUUUAAUUUUAUGCAGAUUCAAAAGAACUAAUUUACAGAAACUCAUGGAAGAAGUGAAAGAAUUUAUUAAUAAUUGCAAUAUCAAGGAGGAAGCCAUCAUGCAAAAAUAUAUAGAUCAUUCAUCGAUCUCCACAACAAUGGCGGCAUCAAAUGUUCUAGCGGCCAUUGCAUUUUCUUUUACUCCAUUCUUUGCGGAGAACGACGUCCCUGGCGAUGCUAUGUUUCCAUUUGAUAUAAAAUCAUUAUUCAUUAGAAUUCCGAUAUACUUUUUGGACGUAAUUGUUCUCUUUCAAACUGCAUUAUGCGUUUGUGUGGAUUUUAUGAUUGCAAUGUUGAUGUGGUACUCUGCUACUAAAUUAGAAAUUUUAGGAUUAAAACUUGAAAAUGCUACGGACAAAUAUAAAAUAAAAAAUUGCGCUAAGGAACAUCAGAAAAUAUUAAAGCAAUCUAUUUUUAGUUUCAUAUCCGAAACACAAAACGUUAUUGAAAUGUUAUUAUUCAAAACGAACGUGACAAUGGGCGCAACUGCAAUUGGUGCGACAUUCUCGCUCCUACACCAUGAACCAAUAAACAUAGAGCUACAGUUUAUUUGCAUGAUGAUUGCUAGCUAUCAAAGAUUAUAUGUUACAGCUUUACCUGCUGAUGAUUUAAAAGAAACGAGUAUGAAACUCGCGACAUCGGCAUAUAAUUCAAAAUGGUUCGAAGAUACUUCCAACAUGGCAACCGACGUACGCAUUAUAAUAGUAAGAAGUCAAAAACCAAUUUUGAUUUCAAUGGGUGGUCUACUUCCCAAUUUAACUCUCGAAUAUUAUGCAAAUUUCUUUUACACAAUUUCAUCUUAUUUCAUGACAAUGAGACAAAUGAUAGAAGAAUAAAAUCUGACUUUUUCUUGUCUCAUUGUUAAAACAUAUCUUGCACACUGCAG